UAACCGCAAACUGCUAAUACUUGAGUUUGUAGUGAGUAAGCGACGGUAUUAGCGACAAAACCAGAAAACAUGUUGAUAUUUUGUAAGCUAAAACCCAAUGGACUAAGAUUUUUGUCUGACAAAAAAAUUGUAACACUAGGCAUAGCAAUUGUCUAGUUCUGCAAAGCGACACUGGUCCAAUUAGGAGGAGCGAGAGCCGAGGUACGAGUGAAGAUCUACAAUUGUCCAUCGUUUUGACCUAAAAACCCUAGUCUCGGGGGGGGGGGGGGGGGCUCGCGACGCCCUCUCUGAUCAGAAGCGACUUCAUUCAUAUAGGUCACUAGAAUCUGCUGCUUCUUUUCUGAAACUAGCAUUGUCAUUGGCUUGAAUAAGCUGCUUGAUGAUGUUUUAGACGACAAGAGAAUCAAGGUUUUAUAUUGAUUUAUGGACACCCAGAAGAAAUCUGAGGAACAUGGCCUUUACCAUAUAGUCAAUAGUACCGGUGGUGCAUUUGGAGCGGGCGCUGUUGGAGGUUCUGUAUAUCAUUUCAUAAAAGGGUCAUACAAUUCCCCAAUAGGUGCUCGUUUUGUUGGAGGAACACAAGCGGUGACCAUGAACGCUCCUCGUUUGGGAGGCAGUUUUGCUGCAUUUGGAGGAUUGUUCUCCACAUUUGACUACGCAAUGCUGUGCAUCAGGAAGAAGGAAGAUCCAUGGAACUCGAUCGUAGCAGGUGCUGCUACAGGAGGACUUCUUGCAAUGCGACGUGGGAUUGUUGCAGCUUCAACAUCAGCGGUUAUGGUAGGGGUUUUGUUUGCUUUGAUCAAAGGGCCUGCGUUGUGAACAAGUAAGCUUUUCUGGGAUUGUUGUGUUUGAUGAGAGCCUCUCUCUCUCCCCUUUUUUGGCUUGGGUUUGAUGAGAUAAUGUCAUUCAGAUUUUCAUGAUAAUUGCCUUUUUUAAUUAUAAAAUACUCCAAAAUUACUGGUUCAUGGAAGUUUAACAGAUUUCGUGGUAUGGCUGUGUUUGAUCAUUUUUGUAUAGACGUCAUCAAGAUAUAAUUAUGGCUAUUCAUUUCAA